CAAGGGCAGUUGUACGGGCCGGGCCGGUGGUCACCGGCGCUCUCUCUGUCGUCGCGCGCGCGGAACACCUCGAGUUGCGCUCGUUCCACGUACAACACCUGCCGGACGAUCGCUCGGCGGCGCGCGGUUCAGCCGAUCCGUGACUCGUUCUGGAAAGUGUCCCCCUCGCGUCCGUCGAUCUUCGCGGCGAUCGAUCCAGUUUUUGGAUUACGAGCCACCCGGACCAUGGACGAUAACGACGCGACGACCGGGCCGGCUCGAACGCACGCGAAACAACGAGGCUGAUCUUCGGAGCCGGGAAGCAAUCGAACGGAACCCGCGACCCGACCACCGCAACCGACGCGAACAUGUUGCUGCCGGAGUACAUGAUGGCGGCGCAGUCGAAGAUGCUGUACCAAAUGAACAAGUACUACGGCGAACGGGUUCAGGCCCGGAAGGGCCAGAUACAGAAGACGAUCCGCGAGGUGUGCAAGGUCGUGCAGGACGUGCUGAAGGAGGUGGAGGUCCAGGAGCCGCGGUUCAUCUCCUCGUUGACCGAGUGCAACGGCCGGUACGAAGGCCUCGAGGUGAUCUCGCCGGGCGAAUUCGAGGUGGUCCUCUACCUGAAUCAGAUGGGAGUGUUCAACUUCGUCGACGACGGCACCCUGCCGGGCUGCGCCGUGCUCAAGCUCAGCGACGGACGGAAGAGGUCCAUGUCGCUCUGGGUCGAGUUCAUCACCGCGUCCGGUUACCUGUCCGCCAGGAAGAUCCGCUCGCGAUUCCAGACCCUGGUGGCGCAGGCAUGCGACAAGUGCGCCUACAGAGACUCCGUGAAGAUGAUCGCGGACACCACCGAGGUGAAGCUCCGUAUCAGGGAGAGAUACGUGGUGCAGAUUACGCCGGCGUUCAAGUGCUCGGGCGUGUGGCCCCGCUCGGCGGCGCACUGGCCGAUUCCGCACAUACCCUGGCCGCAUCCUAAUCUCGUUGCGGAGGUGAAGACCGAGGGUUUCGACCUGCUCUCGAAAGAGAGCGUCGCCCUACAGGGCAAACAGUCGGCCAUGGAGGGCGACGCUUGGGUGCUCUCGUUCACCGAGGCCGAGUCCAGGCUGUUGCAGGGCGGCUGUCGCAGGAGAUGCCUCAGCAUAUUGAAGACACUGAGGGACAGACACCUGGACCUGCCGGGAAACCCGGUGACCAGCUACCACAUGAAAACCCUGUUGCUGUACGAGUGCGAGAAGCAUCCCUUAGAGACCGAGUGGGACGAGGGUUGCUUGGCUGUGCGCAUCAACGGCAUAUUCCUGCAGCUGAUCUACUGCCUCCUAUGCCGUAGGUGCCCUCAUUACUUCCUGCCGAACUUGGAUCUGUUCAAGGGAAAGUCGCCGAGCGGUCUGCAGAACGCCGGCAAGCAGGUCUGGAGACUCACCAGGGUGCUGUUGACCAACAGCAGGGCGCUCGAGAAACUUUAGCCGGGAUCGUUGAUUACGCUCGCUGUCUCCGGAUGGGGGGAACGAUGAAGUUCCUCCGAAGUUGCGAGGGUUCGAGGUGUAUGUUUCGCGCGCAUCAUCACGGGGCAAUGAUUUCGCGCCGGUUCUCUUUGCUCGCUUUUUGCUAACCGCGAGAACGCGGUUACACAGUCUACUUUCACCGGUUAUUUUCUAAAUAGGCAGCUUGUUGACUGUACGAUACCAGGCCUGGGAAUGGUGUAACCAGCAAAACUAGAGCCGUAGACCUUUUAAUCGUUGUUUCUAUUUGAUUUUUAAGUGGCACGGACACGUCGGAGCCUGACACUCCGAUCACUGAUGCAACGGUGCAAUAAUGGUUUUAAGACUCGGUGGUUCGACUCGGAGGGGAGGGGUCGUUGUUGCUAGGUUUUAGUUUUCGAUCCUGUGUGCGACGAUGUGGAAGCCGGAAAUCUUCUUCGUUCGUAAUCUUUCGACCGAGAAGGGGGGGAAAUUUUUGUUUUUUGGAAAAUCACUGCGUUCGAUACGUUUAGAAUGCUUUCGCUUGUUACCCGGAGUCUCCCGGUGCUUGUCAACGCGGAUUUCAACGACGCUCUCCGAAUUUGCCUAAUUGCGUAAGGCGUUGCAAUGUACGAAACGAUUAAUUCGCUGCUCCCGUUGGCUACCUUUACCUGUUCAGAUAUGGCUGAUAUCGUGAAUCGUCGUGUGAUCCGUUGUCGUUAUUCAUCUAAUGUUUAUAAUCGGUUAGCGGCGAGCUUCCGACGGUAGUUGGACACUACGCAUUGUUAUAUGUACAUACUUUUUUAUAUUAUUUAAACGAUAUUUAUUUUUACUCGAAUCGCUGUUCGAACACAUAAUGUAAAUAAUUAAUAAACGCAUCUCGUCUA